GUUUCGGAGAAGAAAAUAUUGCAAAGAGAUGCAAAAUACCAGAAAAAAAACGCGAAACGCUUGCGACUGAUUGCCUUGAGUUUAUCUCACUCUUCCCAUUCUCAUGCGUAUUUCCACACAUUGUUAAUAUUCUCAUGGCAGUAAACAGCUUCGCACAAAUUUCAUCACAUGUAAGAUAUAAAUGUGAGUGUUGUUUUUAUGCUACUGAUAAUAGUUGAAGUCAUACAAUAACAGCAGCUGCAAAUUGAGAUUAAAAACUGAGGACAGAUAGUAUUAUCAAAAUCGAAUUGUAGAUGACAAAGCGGACCAUCGGAGAAGAAUUCACAUGCUAGUGUUCUCAUAUUCUGUGUUUGAAUCAUGGUGUACACAGCUAAAAAAUGGAUUUACGCAAGGGCGUUCGGUGGCGAACCGAAACUAGACAAUUUUUGUCUUGAGGAAGAAAUUAUGCCGGACAUUAGAGAAGGAGAAUUUCUCGCCAAAGCUGAAUAUCUCAGCGUGGAUCCGUACAUGCGUAUCUACAUUCUCUCCUAUCCGAUCGGUUCCGUUAUGAUUGGUGGUCAAAUUGCGCAGGUUCUGGAGAGCAAACAUCCAGAAUUUCCCGUCGGAGCGUACGUGUUUGGUCAGUUUGGAUGGCGAACAUAUGCCAUAUGUAAUCCUACGGGAAUCGCGACCCGCAAGCCUUAUGUUCUACCCGACUUUGGAGUUUUGCCUCGUUCGCUAGGAAUUGGAACACUGGGCACGGUUGGCAAUUCUGCUUACUUUGGUUUCCUGGAGGUUUGUCGGCCCAAGAGUGGAGAAACAGUAGUGGUGAGUGGUGCUGCAGGUGCCGUAGGCAACAUAGUGGGACAGAUUGGAAAAAUUAAAGGAUGUAAAGUGAUUGGUUUAGCCGGUUCCGAUGUUAAGUGCCGAUGGUUGGAGGAAAUCGGAUUCGACUACGCGAUAAACUACAAAACGACGGACAUAGGCGAGGAGUUACUCAAAGCUGCACCGGAAGGCGUCGAUUGCUACUUCGACAACGUUGGUGGUGAGAUCUCGGCGAUCGUUAAGAAGCAGAUGAGACAUUUCGGAAGAAUAGCUUGUUGCGGAACGAUUUCCAUGUACAAUGGAAGCCCUAUUCAAGUCGAAGACCCGCAGAGGGAUUUUGUUUCUAAACAGCUUGUACAAGAGGGAUUCAGCGUACACCGCUGGACGGAUAGAUGGUUUGAGGGAAUUGAGCAGAAUUUGAAGUGGAUCAAUGAAGGUAAUCUCAAAUAUCGUGAAACAAUUACGGAGGGCUUCGAAAAUAUGCCACUAGCGUUUAUUGAGAUGAUGAAAGGCGGGAAUAUCGGAAAGGCAAUCGUUGCGGUAGAAUAACAAUCAAUAAAAAUUAAACAUUCAUUGGUCUUCAAUAAAAUGCUGCAAGGCUUCUA